GGGAUUGAAUUAGUUUAGAUCCAAAUUUGAUGUCAUUAUCGCAGAGAAACACUUUUUCUUACGAGUGUUCAUCUCGAUCCUACUGUGUUCAGCAUCUUUCUUGGUGUUUUGGGAGGAGCGGACAGAGUUAAGUCCAAGUCCCCGCCCUCACGGAGCUCAGGUGGCUUGGGGGAAGAUUGGUGCGCAAACGUUAAAAUUGGAUAUCGACACUAGUGAGUGUCCCAGUCAAGAGCAGCAAGUUGUCAAAUUCCCUAGUUGAAUUUGCUUUGGACAUCAGUGUGAAGAAGAACUGAUAUGCCACUUGAAUUAAUAAAGGAAGUCAAUGGGGUGCCUGAAGUUCAGCCUCUGAGUAAAUUACGUAAAGUAGAUUUCGGAUCCCUACAGCCAGGUUACAAUUAUAGCAAGAAAUAUAUUCAGGGAAAACUUUCACUUAUCUCUUUAACUUAUCGUGGAAAUAAAACAGCUGUUUUGCAGAUUGGACUACAAGGACACCAUUGCAGUGGCUAGAUUUAUUGUUUUUUUAGCUUCUUCAUCUAUAGGCAGAGAUGGUAAACCUUGCAUAUUUUUGAAAGCAUUUGAAGACCUGAAAGCAACUGUUUAUGUUUAUGUCAAAUCUGUAAGAGCUUUUUCUACAGAAUCAAUGUCUUUGGUUCCAGCAACAAAUUAUAUAUAUACACCCCUGAAUCAACUUAAGGGUGGUACAAUUGUCAAUGUCUACGGUGUUGUGAAGUUCUUCAAGCCCCCAUAUCUAAGCAAAGGAACUGAUUAUUGCUCAGUUGUAACAAUUGUGGACCAGACAAAUGUAAAAUUAACUUGCCUGCUCUUUAGUGGAAACUAUGAAGCCCUUCCAAUAAUUUAUAAAAAUGGAGAUAUUGUUCGCUUUCACAGGCUGAAGAUUCAAGUAUAUAAAAAGGAGACUCAGGGUAUCACCAGCUCUGGCUUUGCAUCUUUGACAUUUGAGGGAACUUUGGGAGCCCCUAUCAUACCUCGCACUUCAAGCAAGUAUUUUAAUUUCACUACUGAGGACCACAAAAUGGUAGAAACCUUACGUGUUUGGGCAUCUACUCAUAUGUCACCAUCUUGGACAUUACUAAAAUUGUGUGAUGUGCAGCCAAUGCAGUAUUUUGACCUGACUUGUCAGCUCUUGGGCAAAGCAGAAGUGGACGGAGCAUCAUUUCUUCUAAAGGUGUGGGAUGGCACCAGGACGCCAUUUCCAUCUUGGAGAGUCUUAAUACAAGACCUUGUUCUUGAAGGUGAUUUAAGUCACAUCCAUCGGCUACAAAAUCUGACAAUAGAUAUUUUAGUCUACGAUAACCAUGUUCAUGUGGCAAGAUCUCUGAAGGUUGGAAGCUUUCUUAGAAUCUAUAGCCUUCAUACCAAACUUCAAUCAAUGAAUUCAGAGAAUCAGACAAUGUUAAGUUUAGAGUUUCAUCUUCAUGGAGGUACCAGUUAUGGUCGGGGAAUCAGGGUCUUGCCAGAAAGUAACUCUGAUGUGGAUCAACUGAAAAAGGAUUUAGAAUCUGCAAAUUUGACAGCCAAUCAGCAUUCAGAUGUUAUCUGUCAAUCAGAACCUGAUGACAGCUUUCCAAGCUCUGGAUCAGUAUCAUUGUAUGAGGUAGAAAGAUGUCAACAACUAUCUGCUACAAUACUUACAGAUCAUCAGUAUUUGGAGAGGACACCACUGUGUGCCAUUUUGAAACAAAAAGCUCCUCAACAGUAUCGCAUCCGAGCAAAAUUGAGGUCAUAUAAGCCCAGAAGACUAUUUCAGUCUGUUAAACUUCAUUGCCCUAAAUGUCAUUUACUGCAAGAAGUUCCACAUGAGGGUGAUUUGGAUAUAAUUUUGCAGGAUGGUGCAACUAAAACCCCAGAUGUCAAACUUCAAAAUACAGCGUUAUACGAUUCAAAAAUCUGGACCACUAAAAAUCAAAAAGGACGAAAAGUAGCAGUUCAUUUUGUGAAAAAUAAUGGUAUUCUCCCACUUUCAAAUGAAUGUCUACUUUUGAUAGAAGGAGGUACACUCAGUGAAAUUUGCAAACUCUCGAACAAGUUUAAUAGUGUAAUUCCUGUGAGAUCUGGCCACGAAGACCUGGAACUUUUGGACCUUUCAGCACCAUUUCUUAUACAAGGAACAGUACAUCACUACGGAUGUAAGCAGUGUUCUAGUUUGAGAUCCAUACAAAAUCUAAAUUCGUUGGUCGAUAAAACAUCGUGGAUUCCUUCUUCUGUGGCAGAAGUCCUGGGUAUUGUACCCCUCCAAUAUGUGUUUGUUAUGACAUUUACACUUGAUGAUGGAACAGGAGUACUAGAAGCCUAUCUCAUGGAUUCUGACAAAUUCUUCCAGAUCCCAGCAUCCGAAGUUCUAAUGGAUGAUGACCUUCAGAAAAGUAUAGAUAUGAUCAUGGAUAUGUUUUGUCCUCCAGGAAUAAAAAUUGAUGCAUAUCCGUGGUUGGAAUGCUUCAUCAAGUCAUACAAUGUCACAAAUGGAACGGACAAUCAAAUUUGCUAUCAGAUUUUUGACACCACAGUCGCAGAAGAUGUAAUCUAAUAUUGCCAUCCAAUUUAGCAUACAUAAAAUGUUGCCACUCACCAUCCCUGUUUGAGCUUCUUUUCCUGCCCUGAAUUUUGUAUCAGCAAUGUUGAUGAUUUUAGCAUGGGUAUGGGAUUAGAAAAUGUCCUUUCUUUAAAUCUCUUGGCUUUUACUGGGUGCAAGGUAAAUAAUGGCUAUAGAUUUUAUUUUGCUUUCUGUUUUGCUUUUGCACAAACAGACUUGCUUUAACAAGUACUGCUGAGAUAAGUGUUUGUCUGAUCAAGCUACAGUGCACUUUAAGUAGAAAUGGCAAAGUUGCUUUGUUAGGGUGCCGAUACUGAUGAUUUUAGGAUAAAUUCACUUCUUUAAACAUGUGAUACAUGGUUUGAUUGCUUGUUUCUCUCCAGGAUAGUAGAGAUUUCUCUGUUUCACCUCAACCUAAUAAAGUGGUCAGAUUUAUAAUGUUAGUGACUUGAUAUGAUCCUUUUCUAAUAGUCUCCUGUAAAAUAUGCCAGUAUUACAACUUACAACUGAUUGAAUGAGAUGUUAACUUAGUAAAAUAAUUUGACUUUUACCUGACAGUGUUUGUCAAAGUUAAAAUCAUGAAUAUUCAAUUUUAUACAAACAUUUAAUAUAUGUAUAGAUUUGUAUAUGUUAUUUGCCAAAGACAGAUAUAAAUUACCUGGUUUAAUAUUAGUGAAGAAUAAAUAAGUGCACACAUUU